AUGAUAGUGAACUGGGUGAGCGCGGUAUCAAUCUGUCGGGGGGUCAACGUGCACGAAUAUCGCUCGCUCGGUGUGUAUAUCGUCCGGCAGACGUCUAUCUCUUAGACGAUCCACUGUCCGCUGUCGACGCGAAGGUGGGCCGAGUUCUCUUUGAGGAGUGCGUGAACGGCUUCUUAAAGG